AUGGCAACGGUGAAGUCCCUGGGGCUGCACCAGCCCUCAGGGCUUCGACAUGCCGUCGACGAGCAAUUGCUACCCCCAAGCCCGCCAGCGACGUCGUACACAUGGGAUAUCUUGACCGAAGACCGAGACAAUGGCGACUAUGAAGAUGAGCUGCUCACGACGGAACGCUGUGUCAUCUGGUGUCGAGGUGGAAUAUUUCAGAAGACCUUCAAAUUCGACCUGGAGAAGGAACCCAUUAUACAAGCACUUCUAGCAUACUUCCCGACCUCCGAAGACGACAAAGCGAACAGCGAUGCAGAAGUCCAAUCGGAUAAGCGGCCAGCUUUGUCGAAGGCUUUGGUUGUUUUCCUCAAGACUCAGGCGCACAUCUAUUUCUUGUCCGGAACCAGUCAUGUCGUUCAUAUGCCCUUCGAAGUCGAAUCAGCCUUUGCAGGCCCUGUUGGAGUCAUCAUUCAACGAAAGCAAAAGGCCGAGAGUGUUGCACCCAUCUCUCUCAAGUUCCCUCGGGUUCCACCAAACUCAUUUGUCUCUUCGCAGUUGACCGCAUUCAACAGCUCUCAACAGACUGCCUUUUCUGUUGAAGGCCUGGGGAAGCCCAAACCGCUCCCAUUACAACUGGGAUCGACCUUGGACAACCUGUGGGAGGCCCCAUUGGAACAGCCAGAGUCGCGCUGGCCGCGCCUCGUGUCCUUGACCGACCCUUUACUUGAGCUCGGCUUGGUUGUCACUAAUCAAGAUCCUCAAAAUGCCAAAAGUAUGCGGCAAACGGUCUCCAAAAAGCUGGCAUUCCUUGAUGCGGCUGAAGAAGUCCUUCAUGUGGAGGAAAUCAAGAUCCCUGGCGCUUUAACCCAAGAUCUACGCCAACCGUUGAUCAUUGCGGUGACCAUCAACCGCGAGACAAGCGAGUACACUGUCUGGCGACUAACGUAUCUACAACAUGAGGAUCCGUUCCUUGCGCGCCAAAAGAACCCCAAGUCAAAAGCCGCGCGACGUCGCAGCUCCAUGCCGACCGCCUUUGCCAGUGCCCCUGGGACACCCGUUCAGCCCAACCUUCGAGAGAGUUUUGGAGUUCCGCUCCCAGGCAAGCGACAAAGAAAGAGUGAGAGGCUAGAAAAGCCCAUGGAUCUCGUCUCAUCACUGGAACAACAAGACAAAGAAGGCAGUGGUGUCGCGCGUAGGAGUUCUCGUAGAGUUAGCUCCAUGCUGGCGAGAGCUGAUCUGUCAGCGUCUCAUGAGAGAGCAGUUCUACCAGAUCAACCGCUACUUCCUGGUCAUGCCGGAGCCAGAAGACACGAGUCUCAGGGGAGUCAUGUCCGCCUCAGCGCCAACUACAGUAAUCAGAUCCAUCCUAGUUUGAGCAGUCUGCUGGCUGCACCAUUCUACGAGGGCCUUGACGAGGGAUUCCACAACAUGGGACUGGACGAUCAUGACUUUGACGGCCUACAACACGAAAUCAUGUUCACCAAGCUUCACGGGGUACCCAUCAACAACUCCAACGUCCGGUAUUCAGCAUCAGACCAACCAGCACGCAAUCAAACCAAGGUCUUCAUUCUGGUGGCGCCGCCGUUUGCUAUCGAUGGGCACGAUCAGAGUCAGCUUCUUAUUGGUAUUCAAGACGCCGCCGAGAAGCGUCUUCAGCUGCUCACUCUCGAGCUGGGCAUCCAGCGCGGAUUUGAUCAAGGCACCACCAAGGCGGGAGGCAAAGAACCAUCCGAAGGUGCUACUGUGAUCGCUACCGUCAUUGACCGACGACAAGCUCAAAAUGUCGUUGACUCCUGCAAGCUAGUGGAUGGGGAUCAUUCCGCCAUUCUCAUCCUCUCCGAAUCGAUGGAUGGCCGACACGAGCUUAGCACGCAAGCACCAUGGAGUGUCCUUACCAAGAUCUCGCUAUCGCUUCUCUUUGUGGACAGCACCAAAAGCUUACAAUAUCGUGGCAGAGCGAUAGACCGCGACGUCAUGCAGCGCAAGUCCGAGAUGAUUGAUUUCUCAAAUGGUAGCAUUAUUGGCGUUCGUCACCCGAGACGAGGGGGUGUCGUUGAUGUCGUCGACACCGAAGGCCGACUUCAUCAACUCCGGAUUCAACUUGAACCACGAUCUCCUCACGUCCGCAAGGUCUUGGAUGUUUGCCGAAGCAUCCUCCCCCAUGCCCUCGGCGAGUACAUAUACGCAGGAUGGCUUCAUUCCAUGCAGUGGAUUGGGAGCCAACAAGAACCGCCCUUGGAUCUCGAGUGGUCUGCCAUGGUGAUCUUGCUUCUGUCCCUAUUUCUGAGCUUGGGUCGCACAGACACCAAACCGUUCCCUACAACUCGACUUCCCCUACGUAGAAGAAGGCAUCCUUCUAGCUCCUUUAGUUCGAUAAGGGAAUCAGAGGACUGGAAGGCCUUGGAAGCUGGCGAGACCUCCCAUUCACUCGGCUGUCCGACUUGGAUGAUGAAUAGGGGUUGGGAAUGGGGGUUGGAUGAAGAUGCCGAUGGAUCAGUGUCGUCACAGGGAGAUGACGGCCCAUCGACUAAUCGACGAAAGAUUGCUGUGGAUGUGUUUAUGGGCCUUCAUCUUCUUCUUGAGGAGGAAAAGCUGGACAUUAUGACGCCGGAGCUCAGUUCUCCAGGCCGUGCUGACCUUCGAGUUGUCAUGUGUCAAAUUGCCAGGUGGCUCAAAUGGCAGGCCUUUUCUUCCAUCUAUGAGUUGGGUAUACAAGAAGACAUUGACCCACGUCAUGACUCUGACCUGAAUCUUCGACCUGGAAUUCCUCAACCUCCUGUACGGCCAGAUGUCAUUGACUGGAUUCAAUCACGUCUCACUGGAGAUCGUAGAAUUCCUUACAUCACGCCAGCAGAUGUGUACUACACUGGCACAAGGCUGUCUGAGGCAGAGAAGCUCCAGGACAAGCGAUGGGAGGCCACUGUGCCCCGGACACUUAUGUUCAAGCAAUUCUUCGGGUUCCUCAAGCCGAGUACAACUGCCGUCCAAAUGGUGGAGGCUAUGCGAGAUGCUGGCAUCACACCCCUGGUCCUCGAUUCACUGCCAGAGGCUGUUCUAAUUCCUCUCCGCGAUGCCAUUUCCUUGUGCCAGCCUCACCCUCCCACUUCUUGGUCCAAGGACCUCCUUGAAUUGGUCGAUCGCAAGGACAUCAGCCUCAUCUUGACACCAGGAAAACGCCCUAAACCUAGCGUUUCGAAGAUUCUGACACCCACACAUAUUGCAACUUGGGAUUACAGGCUGCUAUGCCAAAGUGUGGAAGACGCCAACACACUUGGCUAUGAUGAAGGCGAGGGAACUGAGCGACAGGCUGUGAUCCGUUCCCUCUUCAAAGAAGAUCGACGCCUGAACGAGGCACAGGCCCUGCUUUCUACAAACAAGGCAAGAUUGGUCAGACUCGAUCAUGAUCCCGAGUGGCCAGAAAGCGAAUAUCUUGAGAAGCAAAAGGAGCUUGUAACAAGGAUCGCUACAGGAACACUGGCCAUUCCAGCUGGUCGAGCGCUACUGUAUUACGGUCUGCGUUUCCCGCUGAUCACGCAGAAGUUCCACAUUGGAGGGUUCAACCUAAACUGCAUCGUCAAGCCGACAAACACGACGGUUGGCGUUGACAAGUCGCAGUUUUCGGAGGAAAAGGUGUGCUGGAGCUUCUUUCACCAGGGUGCUGCUGCCGGUCUUGCUAUCUCUCCUAAGGCUCAUGGCAUUGACACAUCCUGGAUUCUAUACAACAAACCUGGCCAAGAGCUGAACAACCGACACGCUGGCUUCUUGCUUGCCCUUGGCCUCAACGGUCAUCUGAAGGAUGUCGCAAAAUGGGUUGCGUUCAAGUAUCUCACGCCCAAACAUACCAUGACUUCGAUCGGACUUCUACUUGGCCUGGCUGCUUCAUACAUGGGAACAAUGGACUCACUCAUCACUCGUCUAUUAUCUGUUCAUGCUACGAGGAUGCUCCCAAGGGGAGCGGCAGAGCUAAACCUGUCACCGCUGACGCAGACCUCGGGCAUAAUGGGCAUCGGGCUGCUGUACGCCAACAGUCAGCACCGCCGGAUGAGUGAAAUCAUGCUCUCCGAGAUUGAGCAUAUCGACCAAGAAGACGAGGAGGAGCCUCUGCGGAGCGAGUGUUAUCGGCUCGCAGCUGGAUUUGCCCUCGGCUUCAUCAACCUUGGCAAGGGUAACGACCUCAAGGGCUUGCACGAUAUGAGGGUCACGGAGAAGCUGAUUUCCCACGCCACGGCAACCAAGAAUGUUGAAAUCGUGCACAUUCUAGACCGCGCGGCGGCUGGAGCUGUUAUGGCCCUUGCUCUCAUCUACAUGAAAUCCGAGGACCAGAUCGUGGCUCGAAAGAUCGAUGUCCCAGACUCGAUCCUGCAGUUCGAUUACAUCCGCCCUGAUAUUCUUCUCCUGCGGACGGUUGCCAAGAACCUGAUAUUGUGGUCCAAGAUUGAGCCGACUUUCGCCUGGAUACAUAAGAACCUCCCAGGCCCCUAUCGCCAUCGCUACAAGCUUCAAUCCACCACAAAGCUGCGGUCGACUGACCUAGCGUUCCACAGCAUAGUAGCUGGGCUCUGCUUCUCUAUCGCUCUACGCUUCUCUGGUAGCGCUUCUCCAAAGGUUCGGGAUCUGUUACUAUACUAUCUGGACCAGUUCAUCCGAAUCACACGGAUCCCGUCCUCGGCGAAUAUGCAUCCCGAGGGCGUUCCGCCGUACGAUGAAGAGCUGACUCGGUCAAACGCACGGAUGUGUCAAGAUGUUUUGGCUCUUUCUGCUUCCAUCGUCAUGGCUGGUACAGGUGACAUUCCGGUUCUUCGUCGCCUUCGCUCGUUACACGGUCGUGAUGAUCCGGAUACCCCCUAUGGAUCACAUCUCGCUGCUCAUCUUGCCAUCGGAGCCCUAUUCCUGGGAUGCGGAACGGUAACUUUUGGAACGAGUAAUCAGGCCAUCGCCGCUUUAUUGGUUUCAUUCUACCCCAUCUUCCCUACCAGUGUUAUGGACAACCGCUCCCAUCUUCAGGCCCUCCGUCACUUCUGGGUUCUUGCUACGGAACAACGAUGCCUCGUUACCAAGGACGUUCUUACUGGACAGCCAGUUUCCGUCCCUAUCCAAAUCAAGAUGCAGAGCAACACGUCAACAGAGCCUAUCCUUAGUCGCACGGCACCUUGUAUCCUUCCACCAAUCGAUCAGAUUGCCAGCCUGUCAACCGCUUGUGGUCCCCAGUUCUGGAACGUGGAACUCGACUUUUCCAACGAGGAGGUCAGGGAUGCUUUCAAAGACACGCAGAGUCUGUAUCUCCGUAGACGUCCACCACGCGAGGGCGCCUUUGCUUCGACGCUCAGGGCACUGGGUAAGGAUGAGAAAGGAAAAGAUCCUCUGGAAUGGGUCUUUGGGCUCGACGGGCUUAGAGGCAUUAGCCACGCUGAACGAACCGUGGUUCUUGAGCGAGGAGACGAGACUCCGCAGGUGGGCAGUGCCAUCGACGCGAGGCUCGAGAUGGAGAAGGGCAUCAGUGAAGGUACAGACCGCGAGCGACUCGAGGGUGCGAGGUUGCUCUUUGAAUGGGCAGGCGUCCGUGACAAGCUGCGGCAUCCUAGCCUGUUUGACAGCCAAGAGACCAUUACAGAAUCGCGGGCUCGCGGUGAUGUCGAGGAAGAACAGGAGGAGCAGGAGGCAACUUCUGAAGAUGAAGCUGUCUGGUGGAUGCGGGAUAGUGUUGUUGAGAAUCUCAAGGGGAUGGUAUGGCUUGCCAGUCGAGAGAGUGAGCAGUGA